AUGACAUAUAUCUGGCAACACUGCCCUGGCGACAUACAUUUCAAAAUCUUAUUUGAAAUAUCCACGACACGACAUUUAAUUUCACCAUUUUGCGGUGUAACUACGUGCUGCUUGUACUCAUUGAAUUACCUCACUUUACUUGAACCAUGUCGAAAAUUGGUAUUAACGGAUUCGGCCGUAUCGGACGUCUGGUACUACGUGCCUCCGUUGAAAAAGGGAACCGUUGAGGCUGCUGAUGGAUGCUUGAUUGUCAAUGGAAACAAGAUUGCCGUAUUCUCCGAGAGAGACCCUAAAGCUAUCCCAUGGGGUAAGGCUGGAGCUGAGUAUGUCGUAGAAUCAACUGGUGUCUUUACUACCACAGACAAGGCAUCUGCUCACUUGGAAGGAGGAGCCAAGAAAGUAAUCAUCUCUGCUCCAAGUGCUGAUGCGCCAAUGUUUGUUGUUGGUGUCAACCAUGAAAGCUAUGACCCUUCAUUCAAAGUAAUCUCCAAUGCUUCAUGCACAACCAACUGCCUCGCUCCACUUGCUAAAGUUAUUCAUGACAACUUUGAAAUUGUUGAAGGUCUUAUGACCACAGUACAUGCUACUACUGCAACACAAAAGACUGUUGACGGCCCAUCUGGUAAACUAUGGCGUGAUGGUCGUGGAGCUCAGCAAAACAUUAUUCCUGCUUCUACUGGUGCUGCUAAAGCUGUUGGCAAAGUUAUCCCAGCUCUUAAUGGCAAGCUCACUGGUAUGGCAUUCCGUGUGCCUGUCCCCAAUGUAUCCGUGGUUGACCUGACUGUUCGUUUGGGUAAGCCAGCCAGCUACGAUGCUAUUAAGCAAAAGGUUAAGGAAGCAGCUGAAGGCCCUCUUAAGGGAAUUUUGGGAUACACCGAAGACCAAGUUGUAUCAACUGACUUUGUUGGUGAUGCUCAUUCCUCCAUCUUUGAUGCUGCUGCUGGUAUCUCUCUAAAUGACAACUUUGUGAAGCUCAUCAGCUGGUAUGACAAUGAAUAUGGAUACUCCAGCCGUGUCAUUGACCUCAUCAAAUACAUCCAAACCAGGGAUUAA